AAUUAUAUUUAAAAACAAACAAAUACUAGUUUACUACUAACCAACAAUUGCAAGUUUAUAUUAUUAUAUUUCGUCACCAUGUUGUCCAAAACCAAGCUAGUUUUCUAACCCUUAUACACCAUCCAAAUGAUCCACAAGCUCAAAAUUAUUAGACCCUUUUUCUUUCUCUUCCCAACAUGGUUGUUCUCUUGAAUAGGAGAACAUCAGUUUUGAUCUUAUUAGCCUUUCAAGUUUUUCUCUUGUUGUCAUUUAGAGCCACAGCCAAGUGUAAAACUGGCUGCAACCUUGCUUUGGCCUCAUAUUUUGUUUGGGAAGGUUCCAAUUUAAGUUAUAUCAGCACCAUAUUUGGUCAAAAUUUCUCUGAGAUCCUUAGAUACAAUCCUCAGGUGCCCAACAAAGACAGCAUCAUUACAGGCACCCGAAUCAAUGUGCCCUUCUCUUGUGAGUGCUUAAAUAGUGAUUUUUUGGGCCAUACUUUCACUUACAAGACCCAGUUUGGUGACACAUAUGACAUAGUUGCUAGAACUGUUUUUGCUAAUCUCACCACCAAGGAUUGGAUGCACAGAGUGAACAUGUAUAAACCAACUAGGAUUCCAGCUGGUUCUCCUAUCAAUGUUACAGUCAACUGCACGUGCGGUGACAUACACGUGUCAAAGGAUUACGGGUUGUUCACCACGUACCCUCUUCGGCCGACCGAUAACUUGUCCUAUGUGGCGGCGGUGGCCGGAGUUCCACCCGGGUUGCUGCAGCUGUACAACCCGGGGCACACUUUUAGUUCAGGGAAUGGCAUAGUGUUUGUGCCUGCAAAAGAUGGACAAGGAAACUUUCCGCCACUCAAUUCAAGUAAGAUCAUCGAUGGAGCAGGGAUUUCACGCAGAAACAUCGCAGCCAUAUCGGUUGCUGCCAUUGCUGGGACUAUACUAAUGGCAUUUGGUCUAUACUUUGGGGUGCUCUACAGAAGGAAGAAGUUGGUGGAGCCCUUAACUCUGCUUCCGGUUGCAUCUGAUCAAGACCAUUCGAAGCAGACAUCAUCAGCAUUAUCGGUUGGUGAAGCUGGGAUGAGCAGUGGGACAGGCACGUCUACGGGUAUUACCGUAGACAAAUCAGUGGAAUUCUCAUACGAAGAGCUUGCCAAGGCUACUGAUGACUUUAGCUUGGAUAACAAGAUUGGCCAAGGUGGUUUUGGCUCUGUUUACUAUGCCGAGCUUCGAGGCGAGAAAGCAGCAAUAAAGAAGAUGGAUAUGCAAGCUUCCAAUGAAUUUCUUGCAGAACUGAGGGUUCUAACUCAUGUUCAUCACUUGAACCUGGUGCGGUUGAUAGGUUUUUGUGUGGAGGGCUCCUUAUUCCUGGUUUAUGAGUACAUCGAAAACGGCAAUUUGAGUCAGCAUUUGCGUGGCUCAGGUAGGGACCCAUUGCCAUGGUCUACUCGGGUCCAAAUAGCAUUGGAUUCAGCUAGAGGACUUGAAUAUAUCCAUGAACACACUGUUCCUCUCUACAUCCACCGUGAUAUUAAGUCACCAAACAUCUUAAUAGACAAAAACUUCCGUGGAAAGGUUGCAGAUUUCGGUCUAACAAAAUUGACUGAAUAUGGGAGUACUUCAUUGCAGACACGUCUUGUGGGCACAUUUGGAUAUAUGCCUCCAGAAUAUGCUCAGUAUGGUGAUGUCUCCCCAAAAGUAGAUGUCUAUGCGUUUGGAGUUGUCCUUUAUGAGCUUAUAUCAGCCAAGGAAGCUGUGGUCAGGACCAAUGAUGAAUCUUCCUCUACGAGUGAAUCAAAGGGACUUGUUGCUUUGUUUGAAGAAGUUCUUAGUCAGCCUGAUCCCAAAGAAGAUCUCAUCAAAUUAGUUGAUCCAACACUCGGCCAAAGCUACCCAUUUGACUCGGUUUUGAAGAUGGCACAGCUUGCCAAAGCUUGCACACAUGAUAGUCCUCAACUUAGGCCAAGCAUGAGAUCAAUAGUGGUUGCACUAAUGACACUUACUUCCACAACUGAGGAUUGGGACGUUGGUUCCUUCUACGAAAAUCAAGCUUUAACCAAUCUAAUGACAGGGAGGUAGUAUAGUAUAUAUGUACCAAUGCCAGUUCUUGAGUCAUUUCAUGCUUUGUUAAUUUUAAAAUUAGUGGAAUUUUUUUUGGCAAGUGAUCUCAUCUUACACAAUAUUGACUUUUUCUUGAUUUUGGGAACACUCAUGCAUCGUUUGUAAAUAAGUGAUUAUAUGGGAUUUUAUAUAACAUUCUUUUUCUUGGGCA